AUGUGGCAAAUCUGCACCGGAUUUCGUGCAGAAUCGCUCAGUUACGGUUCAUGGGAUAUCUUCGCCUACAUUCUUACUCUCGGCUUGCUGACAGGCCUAUACAUCGUCCCCUGUCUGGUUUGCUACUGUUCCGGUAGAUUGGACCCGUUCUCUGCUGCGUGGAUGGAUUUUGGUGCCAUGUUUAUGUGGGCAUAUGGCCUCGUCAUCACGGUGGUUGGGCCUGAUUUUCACGACCAUAGAAUGGGCCUCUGGUUGCGAAUAAUGCUGUCGAUGCAGUUGGCCGAACUAUUUCUCUUUGUAGAGACGACCGGCAUUGCUCUGAUGGUUAUGGAGAGGGAGAAGCAGACGGCAAAGAUGGCCGAGCCGGCGGGGGCCGGGGUGAAGCCCGCACCAGCGUCGGAGCCCACCGUACCUGGAUUGUUAGAGGCGCCAGUGUGA